AGUGCAUUACCUGUUCCACCAAGGAAAUCAUCCGACUUCAACGAACGCACCAUGAACAAGUUCAUCAUUUUCGCUUUCGUCGCUCUGGCCGUCGGCACAACCCUGGCUGACUACGCCAAACCAGCACCGGCAUACCACGCUCCGGCCCCAGCCCAUCACGCCCCGGCUCCAGCUUACCACGCCCCGGCUCCGGCACACCACGGCCAUGCCCACGCCGCCCCAGCUGUGGUCCACACCUACCCGGUGCACGCUCCCCACGCCAAGUGCGGUGCCAAUCUGCUGGUCGGAUGCGCCCCAAGCGUCGCCCACGUUCCGUGCGUCCCAGUGCAUCCCGCACCAGCCCACGGACACGGAUACGGACACGCUCCAGCUCCCCACUACCGUGCCCCAGAAUCCGACUCUUUCGAUCAGUUCGAGGAAUAAGCUCCCCCGCGGAGUGGCUCCUAGGAGAACCUGUAAGACUGAAGCCACAGCAGAAGCAGCGGCAGCGGAAAACAACUCGACCCGGCGCCUCACACCAACCACGAGCCACGGAUCGCGUUAAGG